AUGCCGUGCUUCCCGACGUUCCGAGGCAGCGCCCUCCUGCUGGCCGCCCUCCUCCUCUCUCUGUCCUUCAACGCCAUCCCGGGCCUGGGGGCACCUGUAAGUGCAAAGCGAGGCUGGACCCUGAACAGCGCUGGCUACCUGCUUGGCCCUCACGCCAUUGACAACCACAGGUCCUUCCAUGAGAAGCACGGACUUGCCGGCAAGCGGGAACUGCAGCUGGACGAGGAGGAGACCAAGCAAGGAAGCUUCGCCCGGCCACUGCCUGAGAGCAGUGUGGUGCGCACCAUAGUGGAGUUCUUGACCUUCCUGCAGCUCAGAGAGGCCGGGGCCCUGCAGGACCUGCCCCUGUCCCUCCCGCUGGAGGACACAGAGCAGGCCUGA